CACAGACACUCCUAGACUUUCUUUUUCACACACAGUUCAAUACAGUAAUACUUUAUUGUCAUGAAAAGCUUCUGUCCCAGUGUUGCUACUGUGCAAGUACAUCUGAACACAAACUCACACUCAUGCACAUGCAAACAUUCACGCCCCAUUAACUCAUUCACUCUCACAGUCCUAGGCAUGAACACACAACCAACUCUCUCUCUCACACACACACAGGUAAUCUCUUUCUCACAAUCACACUUCACUGAUGUUCGCUCACUCAUGGCAUGUCUACGCUGAAAACUGUGGUUCACGCAGCCGCCCCAACUAGUAUAUCGCUUGUGUGCAUGCAGUCUUCUCUCCUUGUGUCAGCACUGCACAUACGCUCCAGGAGUGCUUAUAUCGAUGCAUGGUGCAGUGCCCCACGGGUAGGUAUCCCAGUGUACAAUGUGCUAGCAUCCAGCUCACUGUCUUUUGAGAAGUUUUGGCAGUGCAUAGUGGGGCAGAAACAAGUUACACAAGGAUUACUGGGAGCAAAGGGUCAACUUCCCAUCAUGCAACUGUCUCCAUCCCACAAUGUCAUCUAUAUUCCAUAAUUUGAAUGCCUUCGUAAAACAUCCCAUGAACCCACGGCCCUCCUCACUGUCUACCAUCUGUAACAGAUGCAUGAAGCCUGCACAGCUCUAUGUUAUUGUCAUAAGCAUUGCAAGCACGAUCCUCCAGGAAAUUUGCAGAGUCAUAAGAAGAACCAAAUCAGCGGGGAAUAUUAAAGUUUCUUCGAGGACUGAUUGCUGUGGGACAUAGCAUGAACCAAUUUAAGGUAGCUGGUGGCAUUCACUGAGCAGCUGCAGAUGGUGGAGUGUCGCUUCUGGGCCUGAGAAACGAACACUAACUGGUGGGACUGCAUUGUAAUGCAGGCUUGAAACGACGAGCUGUGGCUGCAGAACUUUUGGAUGCACAUGGCCACAUUCCUGGAUCUGUGUGCCAAGUCUCACCCUAGCCUUCGAUUGCACUGAGAGCUGCACUGACAGUGAAGAAGCAAAUGGUGAUUGCACUGUGUAAACUUGCAAGGCCAGAUUGCUAAUGGUCAGCGGGAAGUCAUUUUGGAAUUGGAAAAUCCACUGUGAUGCAAGCAUGCAGGGCAAUGAAUAUGUCUCCUGUUACGCAGGAUUGUGACUCUCAGCAAUGUGUAAGACAUAGCGGAUGGAUCUGCAGCAAUGGAAUUCCCAAAUUCACUAGUUCGAUCCUCUCCCCACAAAAACUAACCAGUUCCCUUCCCUCAGAUUCAUCAAUCUCUUUCUUACAUUUUCACCACUCAUUAUUACUUGCAUGAUAGCAAUGCCUAGCGUCUCCAAGAACAAAACAGGGCCCCACUGUGCUAGGCACAGGUAACAAAAAAAGACAAUCCUAGCUUGAGAGAAUUUACAGGCUAGGUUUAUGACAGGAUGCAAGAGCAGGAUGAAACAGGGAGACAAUUGUCAAGGGAGCACCCCAGGGGACAAAAACAGUAAAACAAGCAAGUUUUUGCAUAAUAAGUAAGUCUCUUCUAACCACCUAGCCUUUGGCAUAACCUAUCUCUGAAGACAGGGAUAGCCUAUGCUACUGUAUUUCUGCAUCUGCCAUUAGAUCAGAAAAAGAACAGGAGUACUUGUGUCACCUUAGAGACUAACAAAUUUAUUUGGGCAUAAGCUCUCGUGAGCUACAGCUGUAAGGUGCCACAAGUACUCCUUUUCUUUUUGCGAAUACAGACUAACAUGGCUGCUACUCUGAAACCUGUCAUUAGAUCAGAGUGGCAUACACAUUUGUUUUCAUCUUUUCACAAACACUUGGCAUUUGAAAUGUAAAUGAAACUGUAAAAAAUCCUUUUACAUUCAUUCUCAGGACUGCUGGAGACUCCAUUAGGUAUAAAUGAUGACAAUGUUAGCAUUUUAAUGCUUGCUGUAUGACAUAAGCAACACUUCUGGCAAAGGAGGGUGAUUUCAGAAAGCAACACUGCAGUUUUGGAAGAGGAAUUCUUCCAUGUUACUCCCAUCCUUUGGAAGUCUGAAUUUAACAUAACAAAGAGCCUGCUGGGCUGAGCUACUGGAUCUCAAUGUCCCAUUAGUUCAAUGACUGAGUAGGCUCUUUGUAUUGAUUGGUGACUUCUUGUAGGCUAGAAAUUACCGCCAUUCUGCUCUACUAGGCCCUGGUUACACUACAGAAAUGAACUGUGGCUAACUGAACUGAUGGGAUAUCACUGUUCUAAGCACCAAUGGUACAGUGUAUCCACACUAACCAUGCUGUUUUGAGAUAAAACCCAUGACAGUUUUGGCCUCAUCUGCAGAAGUGCUGUUCUACAGCUUUGCCAUUGCCCUACUCCCUGGGUAUCUCUCACAAUUCCUAUCACAGGCUUCUGGAACUUAUUUUUGCGCUGCUUUCACUGGGGAGUAAUAGCUUGCCAAGCUACUGUUGCCUAAUUGAAUAAGGUGGUAAAUUCCUGAUUUUGGGGAAGGGAAUCUCAGUUUUCUAGGAGUCUCUCAUCUGUUGUCACAAUUCUGGGGAGUUGCAAUAACAUAGGAAGGAAGAGCAGAGACCUAAUUCUCCUUACAGUCCCCUCCUGCGUCCCUCUGAAAUGAAAAAUAUUUCUGAAUCAUUCAUAGCCUUUGAAAACCUUUUGGGGCCAGUGUUAUUUUGUCCCCAGUACACAUACCAAAAUAUACAGAACAAUUCUGAAAUGCAAAACUGAGAUCUUACCUCUGAAGUGAAACUGAAAUCAUUGCAGAGGGGCAGGUUUUGGAGUUAAGGUAUUAGUAACUCAGCAGCAAGACAAAUCUCAUUAUUCUGUAAAAUACUGGAAACAGACAUUUUCAGCCCUGGGCGCUCCUAGAUGGUUGCCCCUCUUUCAAAGCAUGAUGGCCUCAGGAAACAGUAUGCAGGCCUUUAAAAAUAUGACCCAACAAAAUGUUUAGAGACGGUUUAGGCAUUAAUAUUAAUGUUGGAUAGUUCUGGAAAACCCCCAGAUCGGCUUGGUUUUGUUUUUAGCCACAAAUCAUACAGCCAUGAGUCCAUCUGCUGUUUCUCCCUGACAGAGACUGACAAAGAUCCAUGCAUGAUGGAGAAUAAACACUACAAUUCAAUAUGCUACUCUGUAGUACUAACCUCCUCACAAACACAUAUUUUAUUCCAACCACACAUCCCUUCAAACAGUAAAUUGCCUGAGAACAUGGUAGAUUGUAUAAUACUGAGCUAUUCAACUAUUUUAUAUUUUAAAAUUUCAUUUAACUCAGGAGCUACAUUUCUAAGGCAUUUUCUGUCUCUAGAAAUGUAUGUACACAUAAACCCUUUACAAACUAUAUGAGGCUGAUGCUGCAAGCACUAGGACCUAAUUCACUGUUGUCCUGCAGCUUGUACAGUCAGUUACACCAGUGCAAAGUGAGGGUAAAGCAUUAUCAAAUCAGAAUGGUGUUUUAUGCCUUCCUUGCGUUUGUGCAAGUCACUACACAUGAUGGAUAGCACUGGGAUGGUGAAUCAGGCCCCUGGUCCUUGGGACUACAACAGGACUAUGUGGUAAUAUGCAUUAUGAUUGGCAUUUGCAGGAUCAGGUUCUGUUUACAUACAGACCUCUCCAGCCCCUUCUGCUGUGAUGGGAGGCUUCAAACCCAGUUCUUGGUUUAUAAGGUUUUAUAAGAAAGAUUAUUAUUAUUAUUACUUGCAUUACGGUACUGCUAUAACUGCAUGACACUCAAUUUUCCCAGUGUGGAAAGACUAAAGGCAGUGUACACAACUAGGCUUUGAAACUGCGGAGGGAUUUGCUCCAGUAUCCUUUGCCAAAAUUUCACUACUCCCUCACCGUCAUUGCUUUAUGUCAGUUGCCUGCCUAAUUACUGCCUUCCAACAGAGAGGUGGCUACAUUUCAGUGAUGCUAUAAAUCACUUUAGAAUCCUUCAGAAAAGACAACUAUAAACCAUUAAAACUAUAUAUUUUAAAAAAAACUCAAAACAUUAGAGAUUCAGGUCAUUUCUUUUCCACAGAUUUCACUCUCUGCCAAUAAUUUAUCCCCUAUAAUUGCAUUGGGGAGGAUUAAGGCCUACAAAUUGCAUUCAUGCUUAGCAUCUCGCUGGUCUAGCUCGUCCCCUUGCUUUCUGUCUUUCUUUCACAGAUCUUCUCCUUCUGCCCUUUAACUGUCCAUCUAUCUCUUCUACUUCAUCCAUGUCAACUUUCCAAAAUAUACAAUGGUGGCCGAUUUAUAGCAUCCCAAAGGGUUUGAAUCUGGCGAGGAAUGACCAAAACUGGCAAAAUUUUCAUAGUUUUUGGGAAGAAAAAGCUAGUGUUGAUUCAAAGUAUCAUAUGAGCCAAACUGUAAAAUAUACAAGUGUUAUUUGCUUUUUUCUCCCUUUUCUCCCAAUUCUCCACUUCUCCUUUGAUACCGAGUUUUUUCUUUGAUCUCUUUUAGUGUCUAAUUUUUCACCUUUUAGAAAAUGUUAUAGUUCACUCCCUCUUCCCCUUAAAAUCAAUCUUCUUUCUUCCAGACAUUUGUUCUUUUCUAUUUGGUCACCCUUUUUUGACUUUCCAUAUUUUUUCCUUCUCUUUUCCCAUUUCUCUCCAUCUCUGGUCCCUUUUGCAAUGGGUCCUGCUCACUGUCCCAGUGUGGGUGCCUUGAAACUAGAGUUGGUAAGAUCAUUAUAUUAUUUGUGCUGGAGCAACAUCUGAGAUGGAAUCAGGACACCAAGGUGCUAGGUGCUGUAUGGACAAGAAGACACAGUCUCUGUCCCAAUAAGCUCCUAGUCCUGAAUAUGAGGAUACUACCCUCUCAUUGCAAGUGAGUUAACCUCCCACCUCUGUGCCCUUGCCUCCCCUGCUACUCAAACAGGAAUCUCCCUUUACACUGAACCCCAGGCCUAAGGCACUUCAUCUCAGUUUGAUGGAUGUAACUCUGCACCAAUUAACAGCCUCUCAGAGGGCUGAAGGGGGAGGAGAGUCUUCCCUGCGCCAAUAGGAAGGGAUAACUGCCUCAUGAGUAAGCCCCUUUGAUCUUUAGAGGUAUUAAACUCCGCCCCUUCUUCCUCUUCCCGACCCCUGAAUGAAUGAAGUCUCUGCUGGCCAAUGAGAAGUUUUCGUUCGGCUUGAUGGACUUUCCCAAUCUCCAAUAGGAGCUUAGAAUCGUGGCGUAGCCUCCAAUGAGAUGCCAAUGCUGAGCGCACUGGGCGGGCUCUGCCUCCCAGGCGGGCGGAGAAGGCCGCGGUUAUCGAUCCCGCUGCUGGAGGGAGGCGGCGGCGAAGCAGCAGAGAAAAUGGCGGCCAUGGCUGCGGAGGCGGCGGCGACUGCAGCGGUGCCGGGUGACGGGGGAGCCGGCGAAGCCGAGCCCGAGAUGGAGCCCAUCCCGGGCAGCGAGGCCGGCGCAGACCCCCUCCCCGCUGUCAGCGAGGCCGUGGAGUCGGCCGUGCCUGAUGGGGACGAGGCCGACGGGGGAAAGUCCGCUCCGGGGGAGGCCGAGGAGCCGCCGCCGCCGCCCGUAGAGCUCGCCCGGAGCCCGGCUAGGACCCAGGAGCCGGAACCUGAGAGGACGGAGCCGGAGGAACCGGAGCUGGGUUCGCCCAAGGCCGAACCUAGAGGAGCGCCCAGCCCGGAGCCCGAGGAGGCGCCGCAGCCCUGCCCGCCGCCUGCUGGGCACCCUGAACUUCCCGAGGAGGAGCCGCAGCCCUGCCUGCCGGCUGCUGGGGGCCCCGUGGAGCCGGAGCCCGGGGAGGAGCCGUGCCGGCCGGAGGAGGAGGAGCCGGAUGCUGCUGAUGCUGCCGCUGUAAAGCCGGAGCCCCCAGCCCCCGGCUCCCCGGUGGCCCCGGCCGCGGGGGAGGCGGAGGCUCCGCUGCUGCCUGGCUCGGAGGUGCGGGUCACCCUGGACCACAUCAUCGAGGACGCGCUGGUGGUGUCGUUCCGGCUGGGGGAGAAGCUCUUCUCCGGGGUCCUCAUGGACCUCUCCAAAAGGUUUGGACCCCAUGGAAUCCCUGUGACCAUAUUUCCUAAAAGGGAAUACAAGGAUAAACCUGAAGCCAUGCAGCUCCAAAGUAAACCAUUCCAAGAUGAGACACAGGUGAAGUGUGAAGCCAGUGGUGCAGUCCCUGAUAACUCCUCUUCUCCCAUUCAGCCAUCAGAACCUAGCCUCGCUAAAAGCCUAUGGACUUCUAAACCACCUCCCCUCUUCCAUGAGGGAGCGCCAUAUCCUCCUCCAUUGUUUAUCAGGGACACGUAUAACCAAUCUAUACCUCAGCCUCCGCCCCGAAAAAUUAAGCGGCCCAAGCGGAAAAUGUACAGGGAGGAACCCACUUCUAUUAUGAAUGCUAUCAAAUUACGACCCAGGCAGGUCUUAUGUGACAAAUGUAAAAACAGUGUUGUUGCAGAAAAAAAAGAAAUUAAAAAAAGUGGCAAUGCAAGUGACUGCUUAAAAUAUGAGGAUCAUAAAAAGCGAAGAAAUGAGAGUGUAACUACUGUGAAUAAAAAACUUAAAACUGACCAUAAAGUAGAUGGAAAAAGCCAAAAUGAAAGCCAGAAAAGAAAUGCUGUGGUCAAAGUUUCAAAUAUUGCCCACAGCAGAAGCAAAGUAGUUAAAGUUUCUGCUCAAGCAAACACUUCGAAAGCUCAGUUAAAUACUAAAAAAGUUCUCCAGAGCAAAAACAUGGAUCAUGCAAAAGCUCGGGAAGUUUUGAAAAUGGCCAAAGAAAAGGCACAAAAGAAACAGAGUGCAACUUCCACUUCCAAAAAUGCACAUUCAAAGGUCCAUUUCACACGGCGUCUUCAGAACACCAGCUCAGGUUCCCUCCCACCCCGAUUGCGUUUAAAACCACAAAGGUACCGGAAUGAAGAAAACGACUCAUCUCUCAAGACAGGACUUGAGAAAAUACGGAGUGGCAAGAUGGCAACUAAGCCCCAGUCUCGCUGCUCCUCCACCCGCUCAGCAGCUCAGAGACACUAGGCACCUGCUGGUUUGAUGGAACCUCACCACACUGCCACGAAGAACACCAGCUCAUCAGGAACGACAAAAAUUUGAGACUGAAUUGUCAUAUUUUUCCUCUGAAAUCUUAAACAGAGGGAAGAAAGGGCAGGGUGAAUGUGUUAAACAAAACCACCCCCACUAAUCCCAUUGGGGCACCUGUAUCUAUUGUACAUUUUCUUCGAAAUUUAAAAAGAUAUUAGGAAAUAUUUUAUAAAACUUUUUUGCAAUAAAUGAUGCAUGAGAUGGUGAGAGACUAUACAAAGUGUACGUGCAAGGAACCACUUGAAUUAUUAGUAUGAAGAAUCACUGCGAAUAAUUUUUUUUUAAUGUGAUGGUCUAAUCAAUAUGUUUGACAGGCCCCAAUGAUGGAGCCAAUUGCCUGGAAAGAUGACUGUAACUUUUGAACUCUUGUUUUGAUUCUUAACUUUAGCACUGCAUUUUCCAUUCUCCAAGGCUUAGUUAGUAUUUAGUAUGGGUGUUAGCAGAGCUAUAACGUGAUCUAAAGCAUGUCCGAAAGCAGCUGUAUUGUAAAAUAUGAACAGUCUUGUUAAAUGAGACCAAUGUUUCCCAGAGAGGUUAUGGGUAGGAUGACAACAGUAACUCCAUGUAUCUCUAAUUUAUGGGAAAAAUCUUCCCCUGUGAAAAUGGUUGUUCUAUUCUUAUGUUGAUAUAACACUUUGGGAAUUGAGGAUUGUUGAAAACAUAUCAAGAAGGGCUACAUCUCUGACAGUACAGUCAUUUCGAUUUGCUUGUGAUGCUAUAGCAGUAUGGGAUUCAAGAAUGGAUACUGCUAAGAUAGGAUAGCAGUCGUUUGCCAGGUCAUUGUUUUCCCCUCAUCCCUUCCAGCCCAGAAUAGAGCUCAUGCAGGCAGCUAGUAUAACAAGAGUUUCCAUUAGUGGUUCUAAUGGUAGUUGAUUUAAUAGCAUCAGAGAAAUGUUGGGCUGGAGGGGACCUCAAGAGUCCAGCCCCCUGCUCGAUUUGCAUUGCAUCAACUUCUUUGAAUAUCAUUAAAUCAAAAUUAGAAGGUCAAAUCUUUUAUCCUCUUUCUUCCUUUCUCCAAAAGAUGUUUAGUAAUAGUUAUUUUAGCUGAAGCUAGUGAAUGUUGACCAUACUGCUAGAGUAUUGGCUUGUUAAUUUAUUUGCCACUGAUUGUUUUAACAUUGUGCGCACAUUUUCUUGACAAUAUGGUUUCCUGUGCUCUUCUUAAUGAUAGAAGGGGAUUCACAGGAUGCCUGACUUGGGAGAGUAAAUAUUUAUUUUGGAGAAAUGAAAAUGUGCACAUAAUCUAAAGAUCUAAUAAAGUACAAGUUCCUCUUUCCAUGGAAAUGCAAAGGCUUGUACUAAACUCUUUUCCUACUUACUAAUAUUCUGAUCUUAUCAGGGAAUGUAAAAUAUCUUUCUACAGGUUAUCUGAAAAGAGAUCACCUUUUCCAAGUCUCUGGUUUCCAAAGGCACAAAUAUGGUUUCAUAACCUGUGUGCAUGGAUCAUGAAUUAAGUAAUCUUUGAUUUCAAAUCAUGGUGACCAUAGAUGUAUAUUUUUUCCCCUUUGCUUUGGUAUUUGGUAACAAAUCCAUAUUUUUAGCAGAGCAGGGAAACAAUAAUCUAUACCCAGGAAAGAUAUAUUGGUGGUACAUAUAGUCAAAGGCAGUUCUAUAUUAGAGAUUUAGUAGUUAUUUUAGUUUGAUUCAUGGUAACUUCAUAAUUUAUUUAUAAAACCAGAAACCAAAACCAUAGCACCUGUUUCUUUCAAAAACUAUUUUAGCUGCACGUUGCUGUUGUACAGUAGAUUCAAAUUGUGCUACUUUUCAUAAUAAACUGCAGAUUUUUUUUUUAAUAGAGAAUAGUAAUUAUUGUUCUGCAGUACUCUUCCUUUCUAAUGUAGUCAAAGCAGAGGGUCAGCAGUCUGGUCCUGCUUCACUGCCCAAAAUGUGACCAAGAUAUAUUAUAAAUUAAAGCAUCUCACUCUUAGGCUACAUCUGCACUAUGAGCUAGGUGUGUGAUUCCCAGUUUCCGUACACAUACACGUGCUAAUUCUCAUGGAGCUAGCGUGAGUAUAAAUAGCAGUGUAGACGCAGUAGCAUGGGUACCAGCAGCAGAGCCAUAGCUUAGUGGAGCCUAGACUGUACCCACCAGUCUCAAGCAGGUUUGUAUUCAUCAUGCUGCCACUGCAGCUACGCACGCUACCACAGCUACACUGCUAUUUAUACUUGCAGUAGCUUAGUGACACCUCAUGCAAGCAUGUGUAGGUAAGUUGGGAUCACACCCCUAGCUCUAGUGUAGACAUAGCCUUAGAGAGAGAGGGGGACAGGGUGCAGUGAGUUAAUGUGCCAGCCUUUUACCUCUGGAGACCAAACUCUGAUUGUAUUACAGGUAGAUGUUGGGGGGCGGGGGGGGUCCUCAUCCCCACUGGGGGAGUCAUUUUUAUCCACGUGAAAACAAAACCACACCAGACAACAUGGCACAAAACAGUUUCUGCUCAGGAAAAAGGCCCAGGACUGUAAUAGCAGGGUUAUUCCAUGCUGGGAUAGAAAUGAUUGAUGUUGUGUGUGGAAGCCAGUAGUGCCUGCCUAUAUGACAUCUGACUCUUAACCAGUGCUCUUAUUGCCUCUCCUGCAAGAGCGCUAGCACACAUCAGUUGGAGUAUACAGAACAUUAUCGUGUGAGAGAAAUGCAAGUCUCUGCAUUGGAGAAUAUGGGUAAAUUAAGCAAAUGGCUUAAAAAAUAGACAAGGUAGCAAACUGUAUUUGCUCAUAAAAAUGAGUUUAUUUUCAUGGGAAGUAGUGCAGCCAUUUUGUUUGAAACCAGAUUUUCAUUUUGAAGUGAAACUGUCAGGAAUAUUUUAAUGACUGGGAAGUACAGUAAUGUAUUGCUUUUCACUUUUUGGCUUUAGUUGCUUAAUAUUUAAGCUUUGCUCUGUGCUACCUUUUUGUCUGUAUAUUGAAUGGUCACUAUGCCUCCUUCAUUUUGUAGACUUGAAUGGGCGGGGAAGAUUCACUUUUAAGGUUUGCUCAGAGGUAAAUGUUAAAGAAUGUUGUGUAACAUUUAUUCAAAUAAAGCCUUGAUUUUUUUUCAGCACUUGUUGAAGGGAAAUCAUGUGGAACAUU